AGACGCGGGGCAGGCGGGCAGGCCGGGCUGACGUGCGGGCCGCAGGGGGGUUUAUUUUGCUCCGGGCCGCCGCCAUUAGAGGAGGCCGGCGGGGGCUCCCCCCCUCCCCCUUUUACAACCUCCCCCCCUCCGUCACCGAGUGGCACCGCCCGCGGCCGCGGCCGCCCGCCGCGCUGGGAGAGACCAUGGCAAAGUUCAGUUAGCGAGAGGAGGGAGCCCGGGUGACCCGCGCCGCACGACCCCGCCGUCACGAUCGCAGCCUGCGGCAGGACCCAGCCCGCUGAGGAAUAGUUACCUGCUUAGUGUCAUCCUUCGUAUUUGGCAAUCUGAGGAAAAGGUCUGAGCCAGCAUGAAGACAGACUCUCCUCUUCAGUAGAGAAAAACUUUCUGCCUGACGCAGUUCAUUUCAAGAAGUGCACGAUGACAGAGCGUGGAAUUAAAUGGGCUUGUGAGUAUUGUACGUACGAAAAUUGGCCAUCUGCAAUCAAAUGUACCAUGUGUCGUGCUCAGAGACCUAGUGGAACAAUUAUCACGGAAGAUCCAUUUAAAAGUGGUUCAAGUGAUAUUGGUCGAGACUGGGAUCCUACAAGCACCGAAGGAGGGAGUAGUCCUUUGAUAUGUCCAGAUUCUAGUGCAAGACCAAGGGUUAAAUCAUCUUACAGUAUGGAAAGUGCAAAUAAAUGGUCGUGCCACAUGUGCACGUACUUGAACUGGCCAAGAGCGAUAAGAUGUACUCAGUGCUUGUCUCAACGUAGGACCAGGAGUCCCACGGAGUCCCCUCAGUCUUCAGGGUCUGGUUCAAGACCAGUUCCUUUUUCUGUUGACCCGUGUGAGGAAUAUAAUGACAGAAAUAAACUGAACACAAGGGCUCAGCACUGGACUUGUUCUGUUUGUACAUACGAAAACUGGGCGAAGGCCAGGAAAUGCGUUGUGUGUGAUCAUCCCAGACCUAACAACAUCGAAGCAAUAGAACUGGCAGACACAGACGAGGCUUCUUCAAUCAUAAACGAGCAAGACAGAGCUCGGUGGAGGGGGAGCUGUAGUAGUGGGAAUAGCCAAAGAAGAUCUCCGCCUACAACCAAACGCGAAUCCGAUGUGAAAAUGGACUUCCAAAGAAUUGAAUUGGCUGGAGCUGUUGGCAGCAAGGAAGAACUUGAAGUUGACUUCAAAAAACUAAAGCAAAUAAAAAAUAGAAUGAAAAAGACUGACUGGCUGUUUCUAAAUGCUUGCGUGGGAGUUGUAGAAGGUGAUUUAGCUGCUGUUGAAGCUUACAAGUCAUCAGGAGGAGACAUUGCCCGCCAGCUUACCGCAGAUGAAGUACGCCUGCUAAAUCGUCCUUCUGCUUUUGACGUCGGGUACACGCUUGUACAUCUAGCGAUACGCUUCCAGAGACAAGAUAUGCUAGCGAUCUUGCUUACGGAGGUGUCACAGCAUGCAGCGAAGUGCAUUCCUGCCAUGGUGUGUCCAGAGGUCACAGAACAAAUUCGUCGCGAAAUUGCUGCAUCUCUUCAUCAGCGGAAGGGAGACUUCGCUUGCUAUUUUCUGACUGACCUUGUAACGUUUACGUUACCUGCAGAUAUUGAAGACUUACCGCCCACAGUCCAAGAAAAGUUAUUUGAUGAAGUACUUGAUAGAGAUGUUCAGAAAGAGCUAGAAGAGGAAUCUCCCAUCAUUAACUGGUCGCUGGAACUGGGCACCCGCUUGGACAGCAGGUUAUAUGCACUUUGGAAUCGGACUGCAGGGGACUGCCUGCUUGAUUCAGUACUACAAGCUACUUGGGGCAUUUACGACAAAGAUUCAGUGCUGCGGAAAGCUCUUCACGACAGUUUACAUGACUGCUCACAUUGGUUCUAUACACGCUGGAAAGAAUGGGAAUCGUGGUAUUCCCAAAGCUUUGGUUUACAUUUCUCGUUGCGCGAGGAACAGUGGCAGGAAGAUUGGGCAUUCAUACUCUCUCUUGCGAGCCAGCCUGGAGCAAGUUUGGAGCAGACACACAUUUUUGUACUUGCACAUAUUCUUAGAAGACCAAUUAUAGUUUAUGGAGUAAAAUAUUUUAAGAGUUUCCGAGGAGAAACAUUAGGAUAUACCCGUUUUCAAGGUGUGUAUUUGCCUUUGUUGUGGGAACAGAGUUUCUGCUGGAAGAGUCCCAUCGCUCUGGGCUACACGAGGGGCCAUUUCUCCGCUCUGGUUGCCAUGGAGAACGACGGGUAUGGCAAUCGAGGUGCUGGUGCUAACCUCAACACUGAUGACGAUGUCACCGUUACCUUUCUGCCCUUGGUGGACAGCGAGAGGAAACUAUUGCACAUUCACUUCCUUUCUGCUCAAGAGAUAGGUAACGAGGAGCAGCAAGAAAAGCUGCUUCGGGAGUGGCUGGACUGCUGCGUGACGGAAGGAGGGGUUCUCGUUGCGAUGCAGAAGAGCUCUCGGCGGCGCAACCACCCUCUCGUCACCCAGAUGGUGGAGAAGUGGCUCGAUCGCUACCGCCAGAUCCGCCCGUGUACAUCCCUUUCCGAUGGCGAGGAAGACGAGGAUGACGACGACGAAUGAUGGUGGAAUGUGGGAAGGAAAUGACCAGCGCGUAGCGCCUGACCUGGAGUUAGGGUUGUGCUAUAGCUGUUCGUUGUGGAACGACCUAAUUCUGGAAGAAACAUGCUGCAAAGGGUUUUUCUAACCAGUAUGGGGAGAGUCUAGAAGCUCAUCUGCUGCGUGGAGAGCACUGAAUGGGCUGGACUACAGUUUGUAUAAAAACAAAGAAAAAGAAACAAAACAGCUAAUUUUAUUAUCGAGACAGGAAAAAAACCAACAUUUUUCUGAUUGUAAAUCUGUCUAUAAAUGUACCGCAUGUGGUUGUGUCAGAGGUUGUGUAAUAGGAAAAGUAUACCAGCAUCUUAAUUAUUGCAAAGAAAUCUUUCAAAUAAGGGCACUUACGAAAGCACACGUUAGGUGGAUUUCUCUUCCCUCUGAGAUUCUUUUACAGUAGAACUUGGGAUUCUACAUCACCUUUAGAUACUCUGACACGUUUCUGUGAAAGGCCCUUUGAUGUGAAAUCUCACUAGUGCCCAGGUCAGGUGGUGAGGUUUUUUUGUUUGCACAAGAUAUCCACAGCAAGUCAUAAGCAAAAAUACACUCGUUACUUACUAAUACUUCAGUUACUGCUGUGCCCCUAAAAUAAAAUCUAAACACUAUGAAACAAACUGGAAGAGAAGGUAAAUUUUUUCAUUGAGUGAAAUGAUUUGCUUCCUGAAAGUUUUUCUGGUCUUUUUUCUUCCUUUAAUAGUUAAUAGAUUCCCUUUGAUAUACUUAAGAAUAUUUAUUCAGGGAAGUGACCUAAAAUAUGUGGAUUUUUUUUUCCAGUGAGCAUAUACUAAACCAAACUGUGUGAAAUUUGAGAGCUCAGACACGAUCGAUAAUUUUGUAUCGUGAAAACUUUUGUCUUGCUGUGAUACAAACCGUAUAUCAUAUCAUUUACUCUUUCAUCACCUUAAACGUUGCUGCAAAUGAAAAAACAUCUUUUUAAAGGGUUAUUCCUUGGUCGUUACAUCUAGUGAGAAUACACUCGGCAGUUCUGAUUGAAAAGAAGAAACUAUGCUAAAGUUGUUUUUACAAGCACUGUUAUAUAUUUCUCAGUAUGUAAGCCUGGGAAUUUCUUGCAUGUUGAUUGAUGUGGCCAUACUUAAACUUAUGUAAGUUCCUAAGAUUGUAAGUUCAGAGUAUAUUCUCCAGUAGAAAUUUUAUUAUAUUUGAUAACUUUAGCCAUGUAACCUGUAAUGGAUAAAGUUUAUCUAAAAAUCUCACUUAAACACUAAAGGUUAAUGCCAGUUUUUACAUAUGCAGUGCAAUUCAGGUUUUCUUGGAAAGCACUUUUGACGGUGUGGUGGUCGAAUAAGGAAUUUUUGCAGUAGCUGAAAUUGUUUUAAUUAGAAAUUGGAACGAAGCCCCAUAGCACAUAUUUUUAUGUAGUUGAGAGCUAUGGAAACCCGGAGGAACUUGCUGCUUUUUUUCUUCCAAAUGCUGCUUAGAUGGUGUUGAAAUGUGCACAACUCCUACAGAAACUUGGUGACGACACCAAAAGUCUAGAAAUAAUGAAGUACUGUAUUAACUUAGCAAUUUUCCCAUCACAGAUUUCAUGGAGGUUUAUUAUGAAACGUCUUCACGUUUUUGGCCAUUUUAUCUCCUCUGACUGGUGCAUGCGCAAACUUUCAGGUAAAAGAGUGCAUGUUUAUCUGCCGUAUACGUCUGGUUUACCUGAGCUGAGUAGGCAAGCUGCUGAUACCGAAGAGGUUUUGACAGGCAUAUGGUCCUGUUUCAAGUUCGCUUUCUAAACUGGUAUCAUUUCGUCCUUUUUUUCUUAACUUGCAAGCAAAAUCCUUUUAUUCCUCGUCGAGCUGAUGACCUAAAGCUUUGCUGUCAGGGGAGCCGAGCGCUGGGUAAGCUGGGAUGGGAUUUUGCGUGGCCUGAGCGGUGUGCGUGGGCAGGCUUCCUCACCUGCCAGGGCGCAGCCCUGUCCCUGGGGCUCAGGGUGAAGGACAGGGGUGGAGCAGCUCCCUGUAAACUCGCAUCCCAGCUCACCCAGGGCCAAGGUCCCCGCGCAGACCAGCAUUUGAAUGGACAGAAGGAUAAGCUCCUACCUUCGGUAGGCUCUUUAAAAGGGUGUGCAAAACGUUACCCUUUCAUUUUUGCAGUAGUGUUCCGUUUAAGGAAGUAAAGCUUCCUUGUGACAUGGGGAGAAUAACUAACUAAUGUGAAAAGUACCCUGAGCCACGCUCCACAAGCACGCCUUUCCUUACCUCGUCUCGCUGUACCUGGGCAGCCCGUCCCCGACCGCCACGUUUCCAUGGCACGUGGAAGUUCCCCAUGCAGUCAGUCACAGCUGUUUUAAAAAGCAUGCACCGUGCUCUCUGAUAUUUAUCUAGUUCUGGUAUGAGAGGACAGUCCUGGUACUUCAGAGCUCUUGGCUUUCUUAAUCAUUAUUGUUCUGUUCUGAUGUGCUGUAAAAUGGUAUGUUCAGGUUAACGAGCUUCCCGGGUCACUUCGGAACUGGCGAAGUUUCUUUUUUCAAAAUCAAAGUAAUCCAAACCUCAUGUACCUGUAGAUUAAAGAGAUGCAAACCCCGGCUUUGUGCUAGCCCAGUAGUCAGUGUAUGUUAAUGGGUGCUCUCCUUCGCUUACAUGCGUGAAAGUUUACAAAUACCGAGAGGAAUUUGCAAAUGUGACCUUGCAACUUGGCUGAAAGAGCAGAACUUGCUGACAAGUACAUACAAAACUUUGUUUCCCAAUGUUAUUUUCCCCAUGCUGCUGCUCCCAGUCGCAGACGCCUUCCCAGUGCACAACUCGGCUUUUCCUCGCUACCUCCUUCGCACCUGGUCAUUUUCCUGGUUUUAUUUGUGAACUCCUCAGUGAAAAUCCCUGUAUUUCUUCGGUUUUUAAUACAUUAAAAUUCAGUAAUCGUGGGUUCUUCAAGAGUUCUGCUGCAUGGCUUACGGCAAAUACCCCCAGCACUCGUUUACACCACUAACCAAGGUUUGUGUGCAGUUGGUUUAGCUGCUGCUUUUUCCUUUUCCCCUCUUGCUCAGCAUUGUCCCAUCACCCCCUUUUUUUUUUGCUGUGGCUUUAUUUAGCAUGUUUGUCACCUUCCAGCUGCUUGUUUUAAGCUACUCUGACAUCCCUCAUCAGCAGAGGCUCCCUGCCUGCCCUUCUCGAGGGUGAAGACAGCCGCGUGGCUGUCAGCAGAGUACCAGGCGCAGAUCUUGAGCAGCAACUGUUCAUCUCCUCUUUCCUUGCCUAAUGACUUUCCCCUUGAAAGCUGCAGCCUGGUUCCUCGCGUUGCUUCUCCCUAUCCUAACUGUGGUGAUACUUUCCCCUUUCUCCUUCCCUCUGCCUUCUCCCUGUGGCUCUUGCUGCUGUUUGCACUACGGGCAUGCGAACCCCAGCGGGGAGGGUAACUUAACGCUGCCGGCCGUCCCUAGGAAGCUUCCUGUAGUCUGUAACUGCACCUCUUGACUUCUCCCCCUGCCCAGCUUGCAGCGCUUCACCAGAAGCUGCCCUGGCUUUGAGAGGAGGCUGGGUAUGGACGGACCCCACAGUGUCCGGGGUUUUGAAGUCCCUCACCUCACGGGGCUGAGCCCACCCCUGGCAGCGGCCGCACACGGGGCCGCAACUCUGAGACCUGGCCCCCCAGGAACGUCCUUGCCCCUGUAACCUGGCUGUUCACAAGCAAAUGGAAGCACCGGAGCUAUGUUGUUUUGAGACAACUCUAAACCUUAAUGUAAACACUUCCUUCAUGCAGUGUUUCCCAGAUAGGUACAACCUCUGCACCUAACCUGUUUCACGCUCCCGGUUCCUUGGUGUUCACGGAUAAUCACCGGUGUGCUCUGCGAGCGGUCACGCAUCUACGAGGGGUGCCCUCUUUUUUAACGUGUGUGGAGCUGGUAACUAGUUUUCAGUUUAAUUUAAAGGAAAAUACAGAGCUUUGUAACCGAGACCCUUUUUGGUUUCAGCUUUUUUCCUGAUCCCUUUCCAGACGGGGCUCUUUGCCCACCUGCCAAGGUGCGUGCAGGCACUCUGUGAAAGAUGGGGUGGAGACGGAGGACCUGGCCUCUCCUCUGCCUGCCUGGAGCUGCUGGCACCUCGGCACGUUUCAGCUUUGUUCUUUAGCCGUUCAGUAACACCUCAAAUCUCGAUUAUGCGCAAAAAGGAGCGCGAGGUGUAGCUGCCUUUGUAGCACGACGGAAACCCUCUGCCUCUUUUUCCGCUUAGCCUGCAAGUACCGCCCCACACGCCUUUAAACAUAACCUGCAAACACUCCGUGUUACUCCGGCUUAUGGGUAGCACCACCUGAAAGUCGGGAGAGGAAUUCAGCGAGCGUUUCCCCAGCAGUGCCAUUUUAAAACUGAGCUGGCCGUGAGCUGUGUGAUUGCGGCACGUCUCGGAGCCCGCGGUAGGGAGCCUUGGGCACGGCGCUGCUGGAGUGGGGCCGAGGUCGGACCCGAGGACAAGGCUGUGCCCUGCCUGCUGUGAGCACAACUUCAGGGCCAGGGCAGCGCUUCGGGAGCUCACCAGACAUGUCCUGUACCAGUGAAGUGGCAGCGAGAGCUCUUGCCUCACAGAAAUUAUAGAAAUUUUAUCACUUUUUAUUGAAAACUGCACUGAACGCUAAAUGUCCACCUUUACAAUAAACAAAUACAAGAACGGUAACACACUAAAACAAAACAGCUGAUAGCCAUUGCUUUUUUUCUUUUCUCUUCUGUUUGGGACAGCUUAAGAUUUUUUGUCACAGAAACAGGAAUGUACCCAUACAAAGGCUCAAAAUCGGCCAUCUCAAAAACAAAAAGGCGAUGGUUCACAAAAGACUAUGAAUAUAACAUGUAACUAGUUGAUACAAAUCUAAUAGGAUUUGUUAAAAUCAGUCACAUCUAAUAACACGUUUUGAAGUGUUCUUGUAUAAAAUAGCACGUGAAGAAAAGAAGACUUUUAUCAAUGUCUAAAAAAGUGGGUUUUGUUCAUAGACAGUCUGACAAGUUACCAUAAAAAGUGUUUCCUGAGACAUAAGGAAAUGCAACAUUAUUCUUGAACCCUUUCCAGCUCAAGACUUUUCCACUUGAUAAAAUAGCUGCAGAUUUAAAACUGAGAAAAUAUAUUUGAGUACAAAUAGUGUGUGAAACGUAAUAAUACUUUCUUCUUUUUUUUUUUUUUAAAUUUUUUUUUCUUGCAUCAUUGCAGGGCGUAGGCGGAUGCACAGCUACUUUAUUCAGUGUAGGGGCAGAGAAGAGCCUGGCCGUUGGGUUUUUUCGGGACUUUGGGAGGGCAGCGGCCGGGGCUGGGAGCCCUCGGUGCCUUCCCAGCCCGCAGCUCCCAGCCGGGGUGGCUGCAGCUCGGCUCGCGCCUCUCGGGAGAACUUCGGGCACGCGUCACCGGCCCCGGGGGACCCCGAAACGGAUCUGAGCUUUUUUUUUCUUCUGCUCCUGAGCCAGUAUCGCUGCCUCCUGUUAG